AUGGCAGCUGCAAAAGCUCAUUAUUUUCAUAACUCUACAUGGUCCUCCACAAUAUCAUGCUACGAAGUAGCAGCAAGCAAUCCCAAUAGAAUAUGGAAAAGUGGGCCCAUCCUCGAAGACGAGGGCCAAUUCUUGUGUGUGCAAAUCGCCUACGCUGUAUUUACUUCUAAUAUUUUAUACUACAUCAUCAAACCUUUUCACCAGCCUCGCAUUAUCGCAGAGAUUCUCGCUGGUCUCACUUUAAGUCCUCUAUUUUUGGGACGCACCGUAAUAGGGAAGACGCUUUUGGCUCCAAGAUUACUCCUCAAUAUUGAAACCUACGCUAAUAUUGGCCUCAUGUGCUAUGUUCUUCUCAGCGGUUUAGAAAUGAACUUAGAUACGAUUCUACGAAUCCGAAGGAAGGCCGUAAGCAUCGCCGUUGCUGGGAUUAUCGUACCAGUGGCGAUUGGGGUUGGCCUCUUUGCUAUGUUACGUCAUUUUUAUGAAAAUUCUGCAGCAGAAACCCAUUUCCGUGAGGAUAAAAAAUAUAUCGUUGAGGCGUAUUUAUUCUGGAGUUUGGCUCUAAUCAUCACAGGCUUCCCAAUCCUUGCCCGAGUCCUUACUGAUCUCAAGUUGCUGAAUACGAAGCUCGGCAGAAUCACUUUAACUGCAGCUAUGAUAAGCGACGCCUAUGGUUGGUUUUUGUUCGUGAUAUUGAUUCCAUUUGCCGGUAAUGAUACAAGACCAGUACUGUCGGUGCUAACUACCUUAUUGUUCAUCCUCAUAUGCUUAUUUGCCGUACGCCCAAUCAUUACCCGAUACAUUCAUUACAAAACCGACACAGAUUCGUGGGAGAAUUCUCAGCUGGUCACUACAGUGUUGUUGGGUGCUAUCGUUUGUUCUUAUAUUACAGAUGCGCUUGGCACGCACGCCAUUGUUGGAGCUUUUGUGUAUGGGCUUAUUUUACCUAAUGGGAAAUUUGCUGAUCUGGUGAUGGGGAAGGUAGAUGAUUGUGCUUCCGGGCUUAUAUCAUCACUUUUCUUCUUUCGUUCUGGCUUAACAGUUAACUUGGUCACGGUUGCACAACAAAAAUAUUGGCCAUUGAUGGCCCUCGUUAUCGUCCUUCUAUUCAUCCCCAAAGUCUUGAGCACUUUGAUAACUACCUUCUUCUUCAAUAUACCUGCUCGUGAUGGCUUGGGCAUUGGACUACUUCUCAACACCAAAGGCGUCCUGGCACUGAUCAUUCUAGACAUAGCCUGGGAUAGAAAGGUAUACAUACUAUUUAUUGAAACUGUUUGA